GGCGUUUUUGCUGUCGUAAUCCGCUGGGUCAGUGCGGAACACGCAUGACGUAUUUCCUUUAGAAAUCGAGUCGAUAGCGAAGAAGAAGUGUCAGGUGAGUGUGGAAGGGGGGAGAUAUGGAGGAGGAGGAGCAUGAGGUGUACGGAGGAGAAAUCCCCAUCGAAGGUGAAUUGGACGGAGACAUGGAGCCUCACGGCGCCGAUGUUGACAUGUCCACCGCCGAUUACGACGCCGUUAAGGAGUUGGAUGAGAUGAAGAAGCGACUAAAGGAAAUGGAAGAAGAAGCGGCUGCGCUUAGAGAGAUGCAAGCCAAAGUUGAGAAGGAGAUGGGCGCUGUUCAAGGUGAAACAGAUCCUGCCACUGAUGCUGCUUCUCAGGCAAGCAGGGAGGAAGUUGAUUCACGAUCAAUCUUUGUCGGCAAUGUUGACUAUGCAUGUACCCCUGAGGAAGUUCAGCAACAUUUCCAAGCAUGUGGUACAGUGAACCGAGUUACUAUUCUGACCGACAAGUUUGGACAGCCAAAGGGCUUUGCAUAUGUGGAAUUCCUUGAACAAGAAGCUGUUCAGGAGGCACUCAAGCUGAGCGAAUCUGAACUGCAUGGUCGCCAGUUGAAGGUUAUGCCCAAGAGGACAAAUGUUCCUGGAAUGAAACAAUUUCGUCCAAGGCGUUUCAACCCUUACUUAGCAUAUGGUUUUAGGAGGCCUUAUGUGCCCCCUUACUUCUAUUCUCCCUAUGGAUACGGGAAGGUCCCAAGGUUCAGGCGACCAACUCGAUACAUGCCUUAUUAUUAAAGUGCAACUCCUAUUGAGUGUGAUGAAGCAGAGUGUUAAAGGAUAAAUAACCGCGGAUUUGUCUUUUCGAUAUUACCCCAUAUACCCCUUGGAAACACCUUUAGUUUUCUAGCCUUUUUCUUAGCAUUGCAGGUGGUAGUGCUGCAGAACCUUUAUCCUCUUCUUAUGUUAUUGAUGGUGGAUGUUUGAGACAUAGAUGUCUAUUCUAGUAUUCUACUAACUGUUAAUGUGAAAACAUUAUGCUUUCUGGGGUUUCUAGUUUUAUAACCUUAUUUCAUGGUUACUGGCA